AUGCACCUUUGCGCCCGCCCGAUGAACAUGUCGCGCCUGGCGUGCUGCCAGCUUGUCAUGAUGCUCAACGACACAUUACGGGUCCCUCAUUGUGAACCUUCCUGGUUGUUGCUCGACGACGAUACGGAUGGGCGGAAUCGGACGAAGCCCUCCUGGGUCCUCAUCGAAGAAGCCGAACAUCCGGGAUCCGGGGAUGAACCGUUAGUGUUCUGCCUCGGAGUCGCACUCCUUCUACUCGUCGCCCUGGCCGCUACACUCACUUUGAAUAGGAUUACCAGACCAAAAGCCGGAGACCUGGCGAAUGGAUACAACAUUAUGAUGUGGAUGCCGUCGGGGAAUAGUCAUAGAUCGAGUAGGAGGUCCUCCUUCCUGGUGAUGCUCCGAUCCGUGUCUUCCUGUCGCUCUUCCUUUCGCCCCUCCCCCAGAAGCGAUCCCUCUGAUCGACACAGCCACGCGCUCAGCAUCGUGUCCGAUAUGAGUCUCCCCUCCUACCAAUCGGCCACCUCAACCACUCCAGUGUCUCAUACAUCACUGCCAGCAGCCAUGGCUCCUCCUCCGCCCUAUUUUGCGCCUCCCAACGACACCUUCGAGCUCCAACGUCUCCAAAGACCAACGACAAUCGUCAGACCACGGCCCGGAUCUCCUGGCAUGGAUCCGAGACUUGAGCAGAGGCUACUCUCUCAAGCA